AUGGCCCGGGCUGCAGUGAACAUAUUGGACACUGCUAUUGCGACCAAUGACAGACAGCUAAUCAGAUUGAUCACGAACACAUGGGUCGAAGCAUUGAACAAUCUCGUCUCCCAUUCUGAGUUGGGAGAGCCAACAUUGGAAAUUGCAGUCCAGAGGCGUGCAAACGAGCUCAAGAGACAUCUUAUUAACGAACACCUAAGUUUGAAACGAAGGUUCCAAAAAGCAGAGACUUCUGUUCUGCCUGGCAUUGAACUGCUUUUAGUGGCUGUUGAGCGCGGCAAAGGUUUCAGGCACUUGUCCUUUGUUAUCUCUAAGCUCUGGAUGAUUGCAAUGAGCGACAUAGUAGGGCAUCUUGGCAAGGCAGGAGAAGCACCGAUGCAGGAGCUGAUUCGCAUACUUGCGGAGCGAUUGUCGGUAGCAGUUAAGGAUAAAGAUCAGCUGAAUGCUGAAGUCUGUGGACAAGCUGGCAUUGAGCUCCUGAGAGCGGCAGCGUUGAGUCCGAGGCCAAAAUUGCUAUCCAGAUCCAGUGAGAAAAUGGUGAUAGAACUGGGAGUAAGACUUGUGGAAAGCAUGAACUCCAUGGUUGACCAGAUUACAAGCAUGAGGUGGGAAGAAUACCAAAGCUGCUGCAAACAUUCGGAACAUGAUGAAGCUCUUGGCCUUACGCUUGUAGGUCUGGGAGUACUACGCACAGCUAUCAAGCAGGAUACCGACCAUGUGACAUCUAAGUUGCUGCCUUUUAUUGAAUCAGGGUUUGAAAUGGCUCGAGAAGCUCAUUUGGAUCGCCAUGCAUCUACUGGUAACGGUAUUCCGGUUCGCGACCUAGAGGUUAUCUUUGAUGCUGCUGUCGACCUGUUUGCAGGAACUGAAGAGAUACAGCCUGGCAGCCUGAGGAUUAUGGCCUUGAAGAUUCUUGCCUUUUUGGGAGUCAAAUCAAGCAACUACCAGCAAAGCGUUAUUAUGCUCGCCUUUCAACGCGUUGAAGAGGCCUCUCGAAUCGUUAACCCUACUGAGAGAAGAAAACAAGUUUUCCGGAUUGCUAGGACGAUUCUUGCUUUCGCAGAUGCUGAUAUGGAUUAUUACCGACUAUCGCAGAGAUAA